AUGGCUUCCGCAGACGAGCUCAAGGCCCUCGGCAACAAGGCCAUUGCCGACAAGAACUUUGACGAGGCCGUGGAAAAAUUUACCCAGGCAAUCGCGCUUCAACCUGAGAACCACAUCCUCUACAGCAACCGAUCUGCUGCCUAUGCUUCCAAGAAGCAGUGGGACAAUGCCUUGGAAGAUGCUGAGAAAACCACUCAACUCAAACCAGACUGGGCCAAGGGCUGGGGCCGCAAAGGUGCUGCCCUGCAUGGAAAGGGCGAUCUCCUUGGCGCAAACGACGCAUAUGAGGAAGGUCUGAAGCACGACGCAAGCAAUGCGCAGCUCAAGAGUGGCCUUACCUCGGUACAGAAGGCUAUUCAGCAGGAAUCUGGUGGAUUCGGUGGUGAUCCCACUGGUGGCCUUGGUCAAAUGUUCAAUGACCCCAACCUUGUCCAGAAGCUUGCCAGCAAUCCCAAGACUAGUGCUUUCCUCGCCGACCCUACUUUCAUGGCCAAGCUACAGCAGAUGCAACGAAACCCUGGUAACCCUCAGGAUCUCUUCUCCGAUCCCCGCAUGAUCCAGGUUCUGGGCGUUCUCAUGGGUGUUGAUAUGGAGAUGCGAGACUCGGAUCCGCGAGACACGCCCAUGACGGAUGCUCAUGCUCCCGAGUCGAAAAGGCCGGAGCCUGCUCCAAAGAAGGCGCCAGAGCCCGAGCCAGAGCCCGAGCCAAUGGACGAGGAGGCUCUCGAGAAGAAGAGGAAGAAGGAAGAGGCCGACAAGGAGAAGGCGUUGGGCACCGAGAACUACAAGAAGCGAAAGUUUGAUGAAGCCAUCGAGCACUACAGCAAAGCGUGGGACCUCUUUCAAGACAUUACGUACCUCAACAACUUGGGUGCAGCCUACUUCGAGAAGGGUGACUACGACAAAUGCAUUGAGGCAUGUUCCAAAGCUAUUGAGGAAGGUCGCACAAUCUACGCCGAUUUCAAGCUCAUUGCCAAGAGCUAUGCUCGUAUCGGCUCCGCCUAUGAGAAGAAGGGUGACCUGGCCCUGGCUGUUGAGAACUACAACAAGUCGUUGACCGAGCACCGGACCCCUGACGUCUUGAACAAGCUGCGCCAUGCCGAACGAGCCAAAACGGAAGCUGCCAAAAAGGCCUACGUAGACCCGGCCAAGGCCGAAGAGGCUCGCGAAGAAGGCAACAAGAAGUUCAAGGAGAAUGACUUUCCUGGAGCAGUUGCAGCUUACUCUGAAAUGAUUAAGCGAGCCCCCGAAGAUGCACGUGGAUACAGCAACCGCGCUGCUGCUUUUAUCAAGCUAUUCGAGUUCCCAAGUGCUGUCGAUGAUUGCAACACAGCCAUCAAGAAGGACCCCAAGUUCAUCCGAGCAUACAUUCGCAAGGCUCAGGCAUACUUUGGAAUGCGCAAGUACUCGGAUUGCGUGGAUGCUUGUGCCGAAGCUCACCAGGUUGAUCUUGAGUAUCACCAAGGUGCAAAUGCUCGCGAGAUUGAGCAGCAGCAACAAAAGGCAUUCGGCGCCAUGUACUCUGCUCGUGACAACGAGACGGAAGAGCAAACGCGUGAGCGAUUAAUGAAGGACCCUGAUAUCAUGAAUAUCAUGCAGGAUCCUGUCAUGCAGACCAUCUUGCAGCAAGCCCAGUCCGAUCCCAUGGCUCUGCAGGACCACAUGAAGAAUCCUGGAGUCCGGUCCAAGAUCCAGAAACUCAUGGCUGCGGGCGUCAUUCGAGUCGGUGGUCGAUGA